CAUUUGUCGACUCAACAUUGGCUAACACAACUAUCGAUUUCAUAGUAAGCAAGACGGACUUCGAGAGAGAGUAUGCGAUUGAUGGUUUUCUGUGAAUGAUUAUGAACUUUUUAAAACAAUUCUUUAUUCGUGCAUUCAUGAAAUAAAUAUUAUACUCGUGCGUGGACCAUUUUAUAUAACAAAUGGUUUAUUAAUACUCUAUUGUAAAACAUUAACAAAAGUGUUUAUAAGAACAUGGUUUUAACGAAAGAAUAUCGAAUAUGUAUGCCUCUUACCACAGAAGAGUAUCGAAUUGGACAACUAUAUAUGAUAGCAAGACAUAGCCAUGAACAGUCAGAUUCCGAUGAUGGUGUUGAAGUAGUAGAAAAUGUUGAGUGUGAAGAUCCUGAACAUGGGAAGGGUCAAUAUACAGAAAAGAGAAUUCACCUCUCAAGUAAACUUCCUUAUUGGAUUCAAUCUGUCAUACCAAAAAUAUUUUAUGUGACCGAAAAAGCUUGGAAUUAUUAUCCAUUUACCAUGACAGUAUAUACUUGUUCUUUCAUACCUAAGUUUAAUAUAUCUAUAAAAACAAGAUACGAGGAUAACAAUGGUUCGACAGAAAAUUGUUUAGGUUUAUCUCCAAUAGAAAUUAUACAUCGAGAAGUUGAUUAUAUUGAUAUUGCUUAUGAUGAAAUAUCUGCAAAACAUUAUAAGGAAGAAGAGGAUCCUAAGUUUUUCCAAUCUAAACGAACAGGCAGAGGUCCAUUAGUUGAAGGUUGGCGUGACACGGUACAACCAAUUAUGUGUUCUUAUAAAUUAGUUCAUGCUUCCUUUGAAGUUUGGGGUAUGCAAACUCGGGUAGAAGAUUUCAUACACAGGUGUAUAAGAGAUAUUUUACUAUUGGGUCAUCGGCAAGCGUUUGCAUGGAUCGAUGAAUGGUACGAUAUGAACAUCGAAGAUGUUCGAAAAUACGAACAGAAAAUGCACGCAGAGACAAAUGAAAAAAUGAGAUUAAAAAAUCAAGCCAACGAAAAUUCAUCAAAACCAGUAACCCCAUCAUCAUCAGUACCUUCAUCUCCUAAAUCACCAACACAGUCCAAUCGAUCGUGGUUUUCAUGGUCAUAAUCGAUAUUAAAAAAAUUAAAUUUCUUCAGCCGUAUACUAGCUGGUCCUGUAGCUACAGUACAAAUUGUGCAAAUAAAUCUUAGCAUUUUUAUGUACAUGUGUAUAUAUAUAUAUAUAUGCUUCAACAAUAUAAUCAGAUAUCUUUAUUGUUUUAAUGUGUAAUAUCUAUAAAUUUUUGGAAGCAUGUUUCUCUCAGCAUUGAUGUUAAAAGGACAAAUAUCUUUAAUUUCUUGAAUUCUAUUUUAGAUUUUGCACAAGUAAUAUAAAUGUUGUUGACGACAUUAAAAAUUAUUUAAAAUAUGUUACGCUUUUCGUAAUUAGUUAUGAAAAGAAAAAGUAUCACAGAUAUAAUUUUCAGACUUUAUGUUAUUCAUCAAAUUUGUUUUUUUUUUUUUAAACAAAUGUAGAAUAAUAUGUGUUCAUUGGCUGGCUACUUAAACAUAAAGACUUUUUGUUGUUAUCACAAAUAAUUGUUGCAUCGUCAUUUCCUAUAUCGUAAUAGAGAGAUUAUUGUCUAAUUACUAUAUAUCGAAAUUGCACAGUAAAGAUAGCAUAAUAAGUGUGAAACGUUGAGUAUUUUUAAUCUACACUUGAACCUGUUUCUAUAAAAGGAAAAAAAUCACCGAUCAUUAUUGCAUUUUGUUGGGACCAAGUAUUUUAAAGUGAUUUUGAGUUUUUAAACUCGAUGUUCUGAAUAUGACAAAAAUGUGAUUAUAAACUAUGAAAGAAUUUCACUAAUAAGUAUUCUAUAUAAAUUGAAAAAUAGUUAUUAUUACAUUACACAAAUUUGAAAACAAACGUCUUUUCACUUCUAUCCUCUCUCUCUUCAUAUUUUACCAUCACAUUAAAUAUAAAUUGAAAUAUU